UCGAUUCCUAGCGACCACAUAGAUAGUCUCCAUCAUGAUCUGCCCCUAACCUGGUCCUUCAGCUCUUCCAACGGCGCCCCCGUCGCCACUGUUUCUUGUUUGUUAUGUCAAAAAUACCUGCUGAAAGCAGCGUGGCUCCAGACAUUAAGCCGUUGACCAUUGCUGAUGAAGACUCUAACAAAAGGAAUUGGGGUAUUUUGCUCCCCGGCAUAGCUGGUGGGACAUUAGUGGCCCUGUAUUCUGUGGCCAUUCCAUUUAUUGUUCCAGCACUGAGGAAGCAUUGCCUGCCGUUUGUGCCUGCAACUUCAAAGCAGAUUGAAAAUGUCCUAAUCAUGUUGAAAGGCAGAAACGGAAUCCUCGUUGACAUAGGAAGUGGUGACGGACGCAUUGUAAUAGCAGCUGCAAAAGUUGGAUUUAAAGCUGUGGGUUAUGAAUUAAAUCCUUGGUUAGUGUGGUAUUCGAGAUACCGUGCCUGGAGAGAGGGAGUUCAUCAAGAUGUCAAUUUUUACAUUUCAGACUUAUGGAAGGUCAGUUUUUCACAGUAUACAAAUGUUGUCAUUUUUGGAGUUCCUCAGAUGAUGCUGCAGCUGGAGAAGAAGCUUGGAGAUGAACUCCAGCAAGAUGCCAGGGUCAUUGCCUGUCGCUUUCCUUUUCCCCAUUGGAGGCCAAAUCAUAGCUUUGGCGAAGGCAUUGACACAGUUUGGGCAUAUGAUUCCAAAUCGUUUAGAAUGAAAAAGGAAAAUGAUGCAGCAAUCGUCAAGGGCAUUCUUUCUAGUUAAUUAAAACUCCAGGGAUAAUGCCACGUUGAAUUGAGAGUGUGGGUGUUUUAUAGAUCACAUUAUUUCUUGUGGCUCUUGGGUUGGUGGGCAAACAUUUCAGAAGUUUCUGGAAAUAUCUUAUGUGUAAUGCACUAUAAGUGUUCAGCGGUGCUUCUGUUAUGAAAAACAAACAAAUAUACGGAAGUCCCCUCCAAAUCUAUGGUUCAAAACCUUGGGAUUAUGUGGGAUAGCAGUUGAUUUUUUAAAAACAAAUUACUGAAUUGUGAUUUACCAUUGUAAAAAUGCAUUGGUAAGAGUAUUCAAAAUGAUAUAAAUACUUAAAUUAAAAAUUAAGCAUUCUGAUACAGUUAAUUUUGAAUCUUCAACUUUAAUAUGUUCGGUGCCUUCUGAUUAAAGCUAUGGUCUGCACCCUUAUUCCAAAUAAGUCCCUUUAUCCCUGUUAUAUUGUGAUGAGUCAAGGAACAAGAUUUUAAAAUUGACUGCCAGGAUGCGGGGCCAUAAUGAGAAAAUCUGUUUUGUGAAUUAAAGUGAGGGGCAGUGGAAUCCUAAGUUAAUAAAAAGCAAAAGAGAAUAUAAAAAUAAAUAUGUUGUUUUUAAAUGAAGAUGAUUUUUUGAUAAUACUGUGUUUUAUUAAAGUUGUUUAGAUACAACCUCCCAUUGUCAUUGCAUUUUUUAGGCAAAAAAGUAGAAGCCAGACAGUAAAUUAAAAAAAGGAAGGGGGGGGCAGAUUUUC